AUGUCCACCCUAUACCCAUCUCUGGAGGACCUGAAGAUGGACCAAGCUAUUCAGGCCCAGGCCAGACCUGCAUCCAGGAUGCCUGCCCUGCCAGUCUCCCAGUCUUCAGUUUUGUACCCAAGCCUGGCAGAAUUGGAAAAUUACAUGGGUCUUUCCCUCUCCAGCCAAGAAGUCCAGCAGAACCUGCUUCAGAUUCCAGAAGGUGCUACCGUAGUGAGCUCUGGCCCCUCACCGGGCCAGCUGGUGGCACCACUGUCUGGGAACAGCCUUGGCACACGGCGUGCGGAGAUCAAGCCUGGGGUACGUGAGAUCCACCUGUGCAAGGACGAGCAUGGCAAGACAGGGCUGCGGCUGAAGGCCAUUGACCAGGGGCUCUUUGUGCUGCUGGUGAAGGCCCACAGCCCUGCGUCUCUCGUGGGGCUACGCUUCGGGGAUCAGAUCCUGCAGGUUGACGGGCGUGACUGUGCCGGGUGGAGCACGGACAGAGCCCACCGGGUGCUGAAGAGGGCGUCGGCCGAGAAGAUCAUCAUGGUCGUUCGGGACAGGCCCUUCCAGCGGACUGUCACCAUGCACAAGGACAGCAUGGGCCACAUUGGCUUUGUCCUCAAGAAGGGAAAGGUGGUCUCUGUGGUCAAAGGGAGUUCGGCGGCCCACAACGGGCUCCUCACCAACCACGCCCUGUGUGAGGUGAACGGGCAGAACGUCGUUGGGCUGAAGGACAAAGAGGUCACAGAGAUUCUGGCCAUGGCCGGGAAUGUUGUCACCUUGACCGUCAUCCCCACCGUGAUCUACGAGCACAUGGUCAAAAAGUUGUCCCCCACCCUGCUGCACCACACCAUGGACCACUCGAUUCCAGCCGUCUGA